CGGAACGUUUUGAUCCGUGGGUUGUGUACCCUUAUCGCUUUCCCCCCCCACGUUCCUUUUUUAAUACGAAAUUUUAAUAUGUAAUUUUUAUAUAUUAUACCGACCCAGAUUGGAUCCUGCAACAUUAUCCUGGGACACGAUCGCUGUCUGGGCUUGAUCAUGGAGGCUACGGCAUCUCCUCCGUCACCAAUCUGCCCCGUGGCUUCGGAGAAGAAUGCCCACAUCCUGGUCGGGGUAACUGGGAGUGUGGCUGCGCUAAAGUUGCCUCUUUUGGUGGCAGAGCUUCUGAAGAUACCUGGACUAGAAGUUCAGGUGGUGACAACAGAAAAUGCAAAACACUUCUAUAAAUCCAAAGAGAUUCCUGUAAGAACCUACAGUGACUCUGAUGAAUGGCAGAUGUGGAAAAAGCGCUCCGACCCUGUGCUACAUAUUGACUUGAGGCGUUGGGCUGACCUCAUGCUGUUGGCUCCUCUGGAUGCAAACACCCUUGCCAAAAUUGCAAAUGGCAUUUGUGACAACUUGCUGACGUGUGUCAUCCGCGCCUGGGACGUGAGCAAACCGCUGCUCUUCUGCCCUGCCAUGAACACCCUUAUGUGGGAGCACCCCAUCACGGCUCGGCAGCUGGGGCAGCUGAAAGAAUUCGGCUACGUCGAGAUCCCUUGCAUAGUGAAGAAACUGGUUUGCGGAGACGAAGGCCGAGGGGCCAUGGCAGACAUUUCGACCAUUGUGGAAAAAACAGAGGCUGUGCUGUCAGAACGGGGCCUGCUGAAGCCAAAGUGAUUCCAACCUGAAGGUCCUCUUACGAUGCACCACCAAGUGGGUAUUUUGGACAACCUCCAUUCUGGUUUCAGCCUGAAAUUUUGGAUCACAUCUACACUUCUUCUGGGCUGGGCUUGGUCUAUACUUCAGGCUUCUAGAGGUUUUUUUCUUCUCCCUGGGGAAAGCCCUUGAGAAGAGAAGGAGAUCGAGAUGGAUGGAUUCAGGCAGGUGCCUCUCUGUGAAUCUCCUGCCAAGCUCGCCUCCUGAAUUGGCAGCUCGCCACAGAUACCUUUGACCUACCUCUGCUUUGCCAGGUGCCUUCCUGCAAUCUGCUGCUGGAAUCAAGGGGACCCCCCCCAAUUCCUUUUGGAUGAGGCUCACGAUGCUUGGGGGGAGCCCAGGGCCCCAGAUUGUCUGGGGAAGCGACCCUCAGGAGAACUUGCCCUUUGCUCCAAUGGGCUCAGCGUUGUGAGGAAUGCGGACAUCAAAGGAGACACACAAACAAUGCCUGACACACAGUCUCCGUGUGGUGCUUCUGCCAGACAGAGCCUGUUGGGUUUGGGGCUGCUUUUGUGGGGUGGUGAAUAGGGGCGGAGAUGCCCAGGAAUUCCUUUACCGAGAAAGAGGAUCAAUCAUGUGAAAACACUCCCAGUUCACAAUGAACCACUUGUUAACGGGAGUACCGAGAAAAGGGGAUUGAUUAGAGAAAAGGGAGCCAAGCUUACCUUAUUUCUUUUUGAUCUGUGUCCAUGGAUGGGUCAGUGACCUGUCCGAUAAAAUCAGAGGGUCAAGAAUGAAACAAAGAGGCAGAUACGUUGACCCAGAGUUUAUUCACAUGCCCCCGAGUACAUUAAACAGAUUAAAACAACAUCAACAAUAGCUCCUCCCACUUCCCCCUCCCCCAAAACAGGACAACUGCUGUCAGAGAACCACCCUGUGGUAAGACGGGCGGCUUAUACAUUUUAUAAAUAAAAAUAUCGCAGACCUUUUCAUUUUUAAUGCUUGGUGCUAGGCCCUUGAUAGGUAGUUCUCCACUUACGAUCAGUCACUUAAACAACAAUGUGAAGUUACGAUGGACUGGAAAAAAGUUAAUUACAGCCUGAGCCUCUGGUGGCUCAGACUGCUAAGACAGUCUGUUAUUAACACAGCUGCUUGCAAUUAUUGCAAGUUCAAGUCCCACCAGGCCCAAGGUUGACUCAGCCUUCCAUCCUUUAUAAGGUAGGUAAAAUGAGGACCCAGAUUGUUGGGGGCAAUAAGUUGACUUUGUAUAUAAAUAUACAAAUAGGAUGAAGACUAUUGCUUAACACAGUGUAAGCCGCCCUGAGUCUUCGGAGAAGGGCGGGAUAUAAAUGCAAAUAAAUAAAAAAAGUCACUUAAACAACAAUGUGAAGUUACGAUGGACUGGAAAAAAGUUAAUUACAAAUCAUCCCCAAAGUUAUAACUGCAGCGCCAUCAUAUAAUCGCAGUUGGGACUCCUAGCCACUGGCUUGCAUUUACAACUGAAGUGUCCCAUAGUCACGUGAUCGGACAAAAAGCAGAAAAAAACCCCCAUCCAUUGGAUAAGCUGGGUUAGGACUUUUUAACGAUCAUGCGAUUCGUUGAACAAUUUACGAUUUGCUUAACAACCAUGGUGACUCAGUUUAAGACUUGCAGGGAAGUCUUAAAACCAAAUUCUGGCCUUCAGUUGUGGUCAUAAGUGGAGGAAUAGCUGUACAAUUUUUGCAAGGCAUGAAGGCAGCUGACUAAGCUAUUGGGAUGAUGAUGGCCUUACAGAAUUAGCAAAGUGUUAAGUUCACAUGUUCAAAGUUCCCAGCUUCGGUCAUAAGAUAAAGGCGUUCAGUGGGGCUGUAGGAUUCAGAAGCAAGUAAAUUCAUUCAUAUAUAUAUAUAUUUAAUUAGCUGUUGGUUAAGUCUUUCAUUCAGGUUAAGUCAUUCAACAAAUAAUUUCCUCAACACUAUCAAACUAUUUACUAAGCCUGCACUACUAUUAGUCUUCUCAUCGUCCCUAUCACCCAUCUCCACCCACUUAUGACUGUAUGACUAUAACCUUGUUGCUUGUAUCCUUACGAUUUAUAUUGAUUGUUUCCUAGUAUGAUUUGAUUGCUUGUUUGUACCCUAUGACUAUCAUUAAGUGUUGUAGCUUAUGAUUCUUGAUGAAUGUAUUUUAUCUUUUUAUGUACACUGAGAGCUUAUGCACCAAAGACAAAUUCCUUGUGUCUCCCAUCACACUUGGCCAAUAAAAAUUCUAUUCUAUUCUAUUCUAUUCUAUUCUAUUCUAUUCUAUUCUAUUCUAUUCUAUUCUAUUCUAUUCUAUUUUCUAUGACUAUCAUUAAGCGCUAUACCUUAUGAUUCUUGACGAAUGAAUCUUUUCUUUUAUGUACACUGAGAGCAUAUGCACCAAAGACAAUUCCUUGUGUGUCCAAUCGCACUUGGCCAAUAAAAAAUUCUGUUCUGUU